GAAAGAUAGAGAGGAGAGAGAAAGAGAGAGGUUUGUCAAAGUCCUUUUGCACCGAUCCAGGUGUCCCAACAAAAAAUGUGGGCGCUUUCUCUCUCUAGGUCACUGUGUGACAGGCAAAUUCGCCCGUACACAGGAGACGAGGCCAGUAGAACAAUGAGAGUUACCCUCUCCCUCUCUCUGUUAAAACCUACUUUCUCUCUCUAAAUCGCAGCGCCGUUCUCCCUCUUCGCUUUCUCUGUCUUCUGUCACAGAAUGCGGCCUCUACCCAGGCGGCCCGUUGUGCCAGAGCUUGGGUCCAGAAAGGGGCAGAAGAGGAAGCUUGAAGAAGAGGAAGAUGAGAGAGAAGAAGAGCAUCAACAAGUAUCGGGGACCUCUUCUCCCUCUUAUUCUUCGCUUCCCCCCAAUCAUCAAUCGAUUUUAGCGGAGGUUGCAGUCCAGGUUCAAAUCCUAAAUUCUUCUUUCUCGUGGUCUGAAUCCGAUCGAUGCGCUGCCCGUCGAGCCACCAGUGUCCUCACUGAACUCGCAAAAAAUGAGGAGGUGGUGAAUAUAAUUGUGGAAGGAGGAGCAGUCCAAGCCCUUGUGCAACACCUGCGGUCUCCUUCUUAUACAGAAGACAAUGAAUUUCCAAAGCCUCAUGAGCACGAAGUUGAGAAAGGUGCUGCAUUUGCUCUUGGGCUUCUUGCUGUCAAGCCAGAGCACCAGCAACUGGUAGCAGACAAAGGGGCUUUGCCUCUCCUUGUGGCACUUCUGAAAAGGCACAAGAAGUACUCAAGCUCUCGAUCAGUCAAUGGUGUUAUUCGUAAGGCAGCAGAGGCAAUCACAAGUCUUGCCCACGAGAAUGGCAGUAUUAAGACCCGCGUCAGGAUGGAAGGAGGGAUCCCUCCCCUUGUUGAAUUGCUGGAUUUUGCCGAUAUGAAGGUGCAACGAGCAGCAGCAGGGGCAUUGCGCACUUUGGCAUUUAAAAAUGAGGCUAACAAGAACCAGAUUGUGGAAUGCAAUGCCCUCCCAACCUUGAUUUUGAUGCUUCGAUCCGAGGACUCAGCUAUUCACUAUGAAGCGGUUGGCGUUAUUGGAAAUUUGGUCCAUUCAUCUACGAGCAUAAAGAAAGAUGUUCUCAAGGCCGGUGCUCUGCAGCCUGUUAUUGGGUUGUUGAGUUCCUCAUGCCCAGAAAGUCAAAGGGAGGCUGCACUAUUACUUGGGCAGUUUGCUACCACUGAUCCAGAAUGCAAGGUGCAAAUUGUGCAACGUGGUGCAGUGAGGCCACUUGUUGAGAUGCUUCACUCCUCUGAUGUGCAACUCAAGGAGAUGGCAGCCUUCGCACUUGGAAGAUUGGCUCAGGAUUCUCACAACCAAGCUGGCAUUGCGCAUGAUGGGGGCUUGCUUCCCUUGCUAAAGCUUCUUGACUCAAGAAAUGGGUCUCUACAGCACAACGCUGCAUUUGCUCUUUAUGGACUUGCUGACAAUGAGGAUAAUGUCUCGGAUAUUAUCAGAGUUGGGGGUGUUCAGAAGCUCCAAAAUGGGGAAUUUAUUGUUCAAGCUACAAAGGAUUGUGUUGCCAAGACGCUGAAGCGAUUAGAGGAGAAAAUUAAUGGAAGAGUGUUGAAGCAUUUGUUAUACUUACUGCGCAUAGGAGAGAAGGCUGCACAGAGGAGAGUAGCCUUGGCACUCGCACAUCUUUGCUCUCCUGAUGACCAGAGGUUUAUUUUCAUUGAAUGCCAUGGACUGGAGGUACUUCUAAAUAUGUUAGAUUCCACUGAUUCUAAAAUGCAGCAAGAUAGUGCUGUUGCAUUAUACACAUUGGCCAACAAGGCCAUGGCACUCUUUCCUAUGGAUGCAGCUCCUCCAUCGCCCACACCGCAGGUUUAUCUAGGUGAACAGUAUGUAAACAGCGCUACUCUAUCUGAUGUUACAUUUUUAGUUGAAGGUAGACGAUUUUAUGCACAUCGAAUUGCAUUGCUUGCCUCUUCUGACGCAUUUCGUGCAAUGUUUGAUGGUGGCUAUAGGGAGAAGGAUGCCAAGGACAUUGAGAUCCCCAAUAUUAGAUGGGAGGCCUUUGAAUUGAUGAUGAGAUUCAUAUACACAGGAACAGUAGACGUAACUCUAGACAUUGCUCAAGAUCUCCUUAGAGCCGCAGAUCAGUAUCUCUUAGAAGGUCUCAAGCGACUAUGCGAGUAUGCCAUUGGCCAGGACAUAUCACUUGAUAAUGUGGUUUGCAUGUAUGAGUUGGCUGAGGCCUAUCAUGCCAUGACCCUGAGGCACACGUGUGUUUUGUUCAUUUUGGAGCACCACCAGAAGAUGAGCGAGAAACCUGAGCAUUCACAACUAAUUCAGCGAAUAAGUCCUGAGAUUCGGGACUAUUUUUCGAGAGUAUUGCGGCCGCACCCCUCAGCUUCCAUGAAUGUGUAGAGCUUUAAUGCCACCUUCAGGUGAUUUGAGAGAACUGGAAUCAUGAGAGAGAAAGUCGGAAUAAAGCUUACUUUCUGGGGCCAUGGUUGUACAAACGGGGAGUGGGUUUCAGAAUCUGAAUGAUGGCCAGCACUGUUCACUAGGCAAGUUCAUGAGUUUCAAUGUAAUUUGCGAAUUCCAUUGAGGCUUUUGGCCUCACUUUAUUCUCAUGCAGCUUGAGUUGGUUAGUGCAAUUUAUUGGACCUCUCUCGCUUUCUCAAGAUUGGGAACUUAUAAAUAGGGUUGUAAUGGGCUUGGUCCAGUCUGCAGGCUUUAAAUUGGGCUGGGUUGUUAAAGGCCUAUGGUUUGGACUGGGGCUUGGCUUGGAAGGGGCAAAAUAUAAAGUCGACAUCUUAUGUUGUGGAAUUAAGGUGUAUCCCAAAAAUCCAUCAAAAAAGAUGCUUUGACCUCCCAAAAAUAAUACAUCUUGUCAAGAUUGUCGUA